GUUAAUUCAUUUUUCUUUUAAAUUCUACUGAGAAAAAGGGAAAAUUUGAAGGGGGGAAAAAGGUGGUUUAAGAAGGAAAGAAGAGAGGAGAAAAAAGAAAAAAAAAAGUGGGCAAGAAAGACGGAACCGAAAGCAAGAAAUUAUGUAACCACCAGUUCUUUAAUUACAUUUCCUUUCUACUAAAAUCCAUAUUAUUAUUACUUACUCUAUCAUCAAGAAUGGCGAAAAUCAGUGAACUGAAAAGAGAGUUACAGAGAGCGGUGAAUUGUGUAAUUGAAGAAGACGAUGAUGAUUCAUUAGAAGCUACUGAUCAAGCCAUGCAGUGUUUGUGUGCUUUAAAAGACUUGAAAUUGAAAUCUUUGAGUUUACCAAUUACACCACCACAUGAAUUUGUUUGCCCACUUUCCAAACAGUUAAUCAAAGACCCUGUUGUUUUGGCGUCUGGUCAGACAUAUGACAGACCAUUCAUUCAAAAGUGGCUGAAAGAUGGCAAUCGUACCUGCCCCGAAACAAAGCAGGUUCUCUCCCAUUCAGCUCUCACCCCGAAUCAUCUAGUGAGAAAAAUGAUUUCACAGUGGUGCCUGAAGCACGGAAUUGAGCUGCCUGGCCCUUCCCAUGAUGAGGACCAGGAUAUAGUCACAAAUGCAGACCGAGAUCGUUUAAAUUCACUGCUUGAGACAUUGUCCUCCAGUAAUGUCCCGGAGCAGAAAAAGGCUGCAAAAGAAGUUCGGGUGCUGACUAAACAGAUGCCAUCUUUACGGGCUGUAUUCGGGGAGUGCAGUGAUGCUGUUAACAAAUUGCUAAGUCCUCUCUUGUCUGGAAACGUGAAUAGUCAUCCUGAUCUACAAGAAGAUUUGAUCACUACAGUUCUGAACAUCUCAAUACAUGACAGCAAUAAAAAGCUAGUAGCAGAAAAUCCUAUUGUCAUUCCUUUACUUAUUGAGUCGUUGAAGUUCGGAACGCUUGAAACAAGACGCAAUUCUGCUGCUGCUCUUUUCACAUUAUCAGCACUUGAUUCAAACAAGGAUAUUAUUGGGAAGGCAGGUGCUUUCAAGCCUUUAGUCGAACUCCUGGAUGAGGGACAACCGUUGGCCAUGAAAGAUGCUGCUUCAGCAAUUUUUAAUCUCAGCAUUGUCCAUGAAAAUAAGGGUAAAGCUGUUUCUGAAGGAACAAUAAAGGUGAUUAUGAAGAAGAUCAAAGAUCGGAUACUCAUUGAUGAAUUAUUAGCUAUUCUUGCCCUGCUGUCCACUCAUCACAAGGCCAUCGAGGAGAUGGGAGAGCUGGGUGCAGUCUUUUGUCUCCUUAGUAUUAUUAAGGAGGACACAAGUGAUCGCAACAAGGAGAACUGCAUCGCCAUUCUUUACACAAUGUGCUAUAACGACCGAACAAAGUUGAAAGAGAUAUGGAUAGAUGAGAGUACCAAUGGGACCAUAGCUAAUCUUGCCCAAAGCGGGACCUCUAGAGCCAAGAGGAAGGCAAACGGCAUUAUUGAGCGGCUAGACAGAUAUCUUUCUCUUGUGCACACUGCUUGAGGCUGAAUGUUUGUGUAUGUACAUUCCUAAUCACCCCAUAUGGUUUAGUGUUCUUAAGUGGAUGUUUGGAUUGUGGCAAAUGAGGGGCAUCUUGAAAUCCAUUCGAAUUAUCUUCCUUUCUGAUGAAGGGAUGAGCAAAUAGCAAUUCCUUUUUCCAGAUUUGGAGCAAAAAUAUCCAUUUUUCGGUUAUGUAAAGAAAUCUUCCCUUGAUAUGAAGUUUAGACUUUAGAGUU